UGUCACUUCUUCUUGUUUGAUGUUCAAUCAUGAUAAUUGUCGGAUGAAACAUCUCAAUCCAAUUUGACUCUAUAGUAAUCUCAUGCAUUUUUCACGUACCGAAGAUUGUUGGAUACAACGUUGUUUCAUUAUAGGGUUUUCCCUUCACCAUGGCAAUUAGAGGCGUUAAUUUCAAAUGGUUCGAUGGUUUUUUCUUGUCUGUGCUCGCGACCAACACAGCUAUUGUGAUAAUUAAUUGGAACUUAUACCAAUCUUGUACAUACCCUCUGCAUAUAUGGACUGUGGUCGAUUACAGUGUGGUUUUCACUUUCCGACUCUUGAUGUUCAUUGAUAAUGGACUUGCUUCCAGACUGAGAGAUUUUGGAUGGGCUCUGAGAUGUGCUAAUUUUUAUGGGAGAGUGGUUGUACUUUCAAUCCUUGCAUUCCUUUUGUAUCCAUUUCUUUGGGCAUGGACAAUAAUUGGUACCUUAUGGUUUAUCGACACUAAAAUUUGUUUGUCUGGAGGGGGUCAGAAAUGGAGCUUCAUUAUUUGGUUACUCUUUAGCUAUUGUGGACUCCUUUGUAUUGCUUCUCUCACAGCAGGGAAGUGGUUGAAACGAAGACAAUUGCACUUGUUAAAUUCCCCAGAGGGUAUGCAUAUAUCCGCAUUUGGGAUUAUAAUGGAAAUGAUCCAAGUACCUGAUUGGGCAUUUGAAGCUGCAAGCACUGCCCAAAAUGCUACAUUUCAUCCUGGACUUUACCUAACUGAAGCUCAGAAAGAAGCAAUGGAAGCUUCAAUUCAAGAACUUCCAACAUUCAAGUUAGAUGCGGUUCCUACUACUUGCAACGAAUGCCUCAUUUGCCUAGAAGAGUUUUGUGCAGGAAAUCAGGUUCGUGGGUUGCCCUGUGGUCACAAUUUCCAUGUGGAAUGCAUAGACGAGUGGCUUCGGCUUAACGUGAGUUGUCCUCGAUGUCGUUGUUCAGCAUUUCCUAAUCUUAAUCUUAAUGCAAUCUCUGAUCUUCAUUUCGAUCCUGAAGACUUUUCUAACACUAGUAUAACAAGAACACAUGACUUAAAUCAAACUACUAGGUAAAAUUACUUGUUAUUA